AUGUUUCGUCCAAGAAUCGGUCUUUUGACGGGCCAUUCGCUUGUAGGUAUAUCCAUUCUCACAUUGACGGCUACUUUGGUACCGCACAAAAGUUUACAGCUUCAUAACGAAACUUUAGAACCAGAUCCCGAAGGAGAUACCUUCGAAAUGGGACUUUACAUGACAUCGCAGAAGGAACUUGCGGCCCACAUAAGACAGAAAAGAGAACGAUCAUUGGCACGUUGCCGUUCGAAAUUGACUCAAUGGCUGACGCGAGCUUGGUUUCGCUUUAAAGACACAGUUUUGGAACCGGUACUAACGACGUGGCGAUUUGUAGAGCUUUCAUUUCUGUUCGUACCGGUGCUGCUUGCUUACCCAAUUACAUAUUUCGGUCAUAUGGUGGAAGUUACUGACUCUACCAAGAGCGCUAAAGCCUCGUAUGGUGCAUUGUUGUGGUACAGACUUCUUAGACAUGUCUUGGAAAUUGCAGGCCCCAGCUUUAUCAAAUUAGGACAAUGGGCAGGGUCCAGAACUGACAUUUUCUCACAUGGACUGUGCGUGGAGCUCUCAAAACUUCACAGCAAUGCGAAAAAACACUCGCUGAAGUACACGAUCGAUUCGUUGCGCGAAGCUCUGGGGGUCUCUAAUCUAGAUGACGUGUUUGAAGAAUUUCAGGAAAAGCCGCUGGGGGUGGGUGCCAUAGCACAGGUAUAUGUGGGUAAGCUUUCCAAGGCUUUUGUAGGAAGACGUCAUUUACAGUUGAAUCCGGAGGAAAAUAGAUGGUGUGCUAUAAAAGUCAUCCAUCCGCACGCAGCGCGCAAUAUAAGUCGUGAUCUUAAAAUAAUGCGAUUUUUUGCAGAGGCCAUUGAUAUGAUACCUACUAUGGAGUGGCUGUCACUUCCGAAUGAGGUGCAGCAAUUUUCAAUUCUGAUGCGAUUACAACUGGACCUUCGAAUCGAAUGUUUGAACCUUCACAGAUUCAACGAGAACUUCAAGGAUUCGUUACAAGUGAAAUUCCCGACCGGAUUUCAGGAGCUCACCAGUCGCCAAGUUUUGUUCGAAGAGUAUUUAUACGGCUUUCCCAUGGAAGAUUUCUUGCGGGCCAAGGAUGACCUGAAGAAUCCCGCGCUCAGCAAAAAAGUGAGCGACCCAUUCAUUGAUGCAUUUUUACAAAUGUUGAUUUUGGACGACUUCAUCCAUGCUGAUCUACAUCCUGGAAAUGUUAUGGUCCGUUUUAUCAAGACGGACAGAUAUGACAGCAAAUGUGUAUCGACGGAAGAAGACUGCUACAACCUAAUACACAGCUUGAAGACGAAGCUCAAAAACAAAGACGAUUCUUUUGUCGAGGAACUAAGCAAGGUAGUCAGUCAUUACACUCCUCAGAUAUGUUUCAUCGACGUUGGGCUCGUUACGGAGCUCAACACCCGCAACAGGACUAACUUCAUUGCUCUUUUUGACGCUUUGGCGAGAUUCGAUGGGUACCGCGCGGGUGAGCUUAUGAUCGAACGAUCAAGAACACCUGAGACGGCAGUCGACAAGGACCUGUUUGCUUUCAAAGUUGAACGGCUUGUUAAAAAGGUCAAGAAACGCACGUUCACGUUGGGCACCGUUUCCAUCGGAGACCUACUGGACCAAAUGCUCAGCAUGGUGAGAGGCCACCACGUUCGCAUGGAAGGUGAUUUUGUCUCUGUUGUGGUGGCGAUCCUGCUUUUGGAAGGAAUAGGAAGACAACUUGACCCAGACUUGGAUUUGUUUGCAAGCUCGCUUCCAAUCUUAAGAGAGUUUGGAAUGAAACGCGAGGGCCGCAGCAUUCUACAAGAUGUCGAUAUGUUGUCGAUGUGGAAGAUAUGGCUUGGACUCGAACUCCGGCAGUUCAUGAAUUUGUCGGUUAAACAAAUGCACGACCUAGUGAAGACAGACCAAUUGUGUCCAAACUAUUGA